CGCUAUGGUGAAAUAAACGAACUGUCAAACAUUUUUAUUGUUUUGUUGAAGUUUUGAUUUCUACAAAAUUUUUCUUGAAAAUAAUACAAAACUUCCAGUGUUUUCUAAUGUUAAACAGUGAAAACGUUUCCUGAACCUAUGGUAGACAUGGACUACGUAUAUAUGAGCGGAGAUCCUGGAAAUCGAGCGGAAGACAUCAUUACCCUUACAAUGUAUGAUAAUGGUACAACGGCGGAAGGAUAUCCCGAGAUUGACUACGGCACGUUUAACAUUGGUUUCGGUGAGCCGGAACUAAUGGAACACGGAACGAUCCUAGCGGAUGGUGGGGAUCGUUUUGGAGUUUCUGCCAUCGCCUUCGACACAAGAGAAGAACUGAUCUGGAUGGGAAAUCAAGGCGGUCAUGUAACCUCUUAUUAUGGAGGAACAAUGCAAAAGUACACUUCCUUUCAGGUGCAUGCCAAUGAGAAUAUCCGUCAAAUUCAUACAAUCGAUUCCGGAAUAUUGGCUUUGACCAGCACGACACUGCGCCAUCAGAUUCGUCGUGGGAUACCGAAGUUUACGUUUCGAUCGGAAAAAAUGGUCGACAUGCUGUGUAUGAUAGAAUACCAGCCAAAUCGGAUGCUGAUUGGGGGCCACCAGAGUGGUUUAAUUGAUUUCGAUGUGGCGACCUGUAGCGAAGUUGGGUGUGUUUCCGCCGGCCAAAACGGAUGUGCAAUUUUAAGGAGCUAUUCACGAUAUCUCUGCGAAGGAGACGCGUACGGAAAAAUAACACUACGUGAUCCUAGCACUCUGAAUGUUGAACACGAACUAAUGACACAUUCCGGUAGUUUGUCAGACUUUGAUGUGCAAGGAAAUUACUUGAUAUCGUGUGGCUUCAGUGGAAGGCAAGGAAAUUUAGCAAUCGACCGUUUUCUAAUGGUUUACGAUAUGAGAAUGUUACGUUUGGUGUCGCCUAUCCAGGUGUUGGUUGAGCCGCAGCUACUGAAAUUUCUCCCGUCCCACUGUUCCCGAUUGGCUGUAGUCUCGCCUAUGGGUCAACUUCAGCUGGUAGACACGGUAGAAUUGAGCGAACCUCGAGUUUGUAUGUUCCAAAUCAACACAACGGGAUCUCAGUGUCUUACGUUUGACAUUAGUUCUACUAGUCAAGCGAUGGCAUUUGGUGAUCAGUCCGGUCACAUCAGUUUGGUGGCUGCCGUUAAGAUCAACACUCCGUCUCUGCAAUUUAACCCAUUCUCUCGAGAGACAGAAUUUGCAGAUACGGUUGAACCACUUCCCAUGGUUUCGAUAACUGAUAAAAACUUUCCACUUUCCUCAAUUUUGCUACCACAUCUAACAACUGGUUCUCGCUGGCUCAGUGAUUGGCCGCAGUUUAUGAACACGUACGAGUAUUUGAAACCCAAGCCCAUCAGUGCGGAAAUAACGGACACAAUGAAAAUGCAAGGACCGAUCGGAUAUGCUCCAAAUCCGAAAGCUUCUCUGCGUAAUCAAAUACCUUACAUUAUGGAUAAAAGCUGCUCGUCAAAGCAAAACUCAGCACCGGUGAGUAGUUCCCAAAAAGGAGCAACCGAUCAGGUCAUGAAAUUGGUGCCACGACGCUACCGCAGAGUAGAGGUCAAGUACAGCAAACUCGGUUGUCAGGAUUUCGAUUUUGAACAGUACAAUCAAACCGGAUUCGUCGGGUUGGAAGCCAAUCUACCCAAUGCGUAUUGCAAUGCAAUGUUACAAACGCUUUACUUCAUCACUCCGCUGAGGAAGGCCAUUCUGACGCACUGCUGUUCUAAGGAAUUCUGCUUGGCUUGCGAACUGGGUUUCCUGUUUCACAUGCUAGACGUUGGGACCUCUAACCAACCAUGCCAAGCAAGCAACUUUCUUCGAUCAUUCCGUACGGUUCCGGAAGCAGCUGCCCUUGGAUUGAUAUUGUCCUCGGAUCGAAGUAACAACGCAAACAUUAAUUUAAUCAGUCUAAUCCAAAACUGGAAUCGAUUUAUACUGCACCAGAUGCAUUACGAGCUGUUAGAGGUUUUGAAAAAGAAUGAAAGUUUGCUCGCUCAGGACACCGCGAGUAAUAUGCGGAAAAUUCAACUGUCAGCUUCACCGCGUCCUUUUGUUCCGGGAGCAGAGAUGCACAUGCAACAUCAUUCGGAGGUUACUCAGGAAAGUCUAGACAGCGAAGUGCAACAGUACGAUGCCAACAACGAGAAAUUUCAAUAUUUGGUUGCUAGCAGCGAUAAUGAAUCAACGGUGGUUCCUGAACCAAACAUCUGUCCCGAAAUAGCACCUGAAUCUCAACCGAAGCCUACUGGUAGCAACAAAGAUGAAACGGAAAUCAGCCGUCUGUUUGGGACGCAGCAAAAAAUUAUCCAACGUUGUUUGAAGUGCAACACCGAACGUAUCAAAAACAAUAUCCUUCUGGUGUGCAAUCUGCUGUAUCCUAGUAAUUCCAACAAUCGUCACAUCGACGGUACAUUUGCGUCAAUUCUAAAAAAUUCUCUGUCCGUGGAGAAAACUACACCGGCAUGGUGUGAGAAAUGUAACAAAUUCACUCCCACCAAUCAGAAGAGUCGCGUAGCUGACCUUCCUGAGAUUUUGUCGAUCAACUGUGGUCUCGAAACCGAAAAAGAACUUGAAUAUCUGAAGAAACAAAUGAACCGACCGUUGACUCAAGUUGUGUCCUGCGGUGAUGGAGAUUCUCGAAACGGUGCUAACGUUGGUAGUGGGAAAAUGUGCCGUUAUGGAACACACUGUUCUCGGGUUGAUUGUCAUUUCUCACAUCCAAGAAAGCCUCCUCCGUCGUUCAAUUUGAACCCCACCAGCCUAGGCCAGCAAAAAUCAUGGUUCCCGUUAAGCUUCCGUAUGUCUCUAGAUGAGAAGGAAAAUUUGGAAAUUGGCUCACUGAAGAGUGCUUCUAGCUGUUACGAUGGAUCGGAUGCACAGGAGAGCUGCAAACAAGACACGCCGUUCCGGAAAUCGAAAAACUAUCGCCUGUCGGCGGCAGUUUGUUACAUAAACGAUGGGUCUCAGCGUAAUUUGGUAGCACUGGUACAUGUUCCGAAAAGCUAUCACGAUCUGAAAACCGAUCGAUGCAAGGGCGAUGGCUCGAUGGCGCCAGGUUUCGCCGAUGGAAAUUGGUACAUUUUCAAUGAUUUUAGUAUUUCUCCGGUAUCCGUGCAGGAAGCAGUGUGGUUUACCCUUGACUGGAAAGUCCCAUGCGCACUGUUUUACACGAGUACUGCCCUCCGGAACGAACAAGGCGAAAACAAAGAGUGUUUGACGCAGUACGUAAAUCCAUUCACGAAUGAUUUGUUUAGAGAACCCAAUUCCGUCGAAAUUAGAGGCGAUAAGAAUUUCAAACCAUUGGGACAAAAAGAGAUAUUCCAUGCGGGAGAAUUGGUUGCAAUGGAUGCCGAGUUCGUCACUUUGAACCCCGAGGAAAGUGAGAUUCGCUCUGAUGGUAAAAUGUCCACAGUAAAGCCAAGUCACAUGAGUGUGGCUCGCAUCACGUGCAUCCGCGGACAAGGUAAAGACGAGGGAGUUCCAUUCGUUGAUGAUUACAUCUCGACCCAGGAGCAGGUGGUCGAUUAUCUGACAAAAUUCUCCGGAAUUAAACCGGGCGAUCUCGAUGCUAACUUUAGCAAUAAGAGGCUGACGACAUUGAAAAAGUCCUAUCAAAAAUUGCGCUAUCUGGUGGACAGUGGCGUCAUAUUCGUCGGACACGGUCUCAAAAACGAUUUUCGUGUGAUUAAUAUAAUUGUUCCGCCGGAGCAAAUCGUCGAUACGGUUUACCUGUUCCAUUUGCCACAUCAUCGGAUGGUUUCGCUGCGCUUUCUUGCAUGGCAGUUUCUCGGAAUUAAAAUUCAAUCCGAAACACACGAUUCCGUUGAGGAUGCGCGGACAGCACUACUGCUGUACAAACACUAUCUCAAGCUAAACGCGAAGGACGAGUUCACUAUGGCGUUGUCGAACCUGUACGAGACUGGUAAAAAGUUGCAAUGGAAAGUACCAGAUUAAUUGCGAAAAAGAAUGCGACACGACUGGAAAUAGUGAUAUCAGUAUUUCUCCGUUUUUUUUUCUUGAAAAAAAGUUACAAAUGUUCCGAAGCUUAGUUUAGGAAAACAGUGUACUGCUUUAUUUUUCAGAAUAACCAUACAUAUAUUUGUCUUUUAUUUUUGUACUACAUUUAUAACAUUUUUAUAUUUAAAAAAUCUGUGUUAAAAAGUGUUUCAGAAAGAUAGAAAUCUCACAUGAUGAUUGCACACGCACGAAUAAAGAUUUUUACUAGAUCUAAUUGUUAAUGAUAUGGUUUUAUAUCUUCCACUUCUGUAUUAUUAAAAAACCUUGUUUGUUUCCAUCGA